AUGGCCAUCCCAUACUCGCACCUCGCCGCUGGUCUCUUUGUGACCUGGGUUUUGUAUUCACUCCUCCGGUCAGUGUUCACAAAAAUCCAAACCCGCAGGAAAGCGCGCGCUCUAGGAUGCCUCCCCGCGAAGGAUAUUUCAAAGCCCUUCUUUGGCAUCGGGACAUAUCUCGAGCUCGCCAAAGCCGCUAAAGAGAAACGGGCUCUUGAAGCUGCCAGGGAGUCAUUUGCUGUCGGCGGUCAUACUUUCCAGCGGACCAUCCUCGGAUUGAAAGCCUUGAACACCCUCGAACCCGAAAAUAUCAAGGCGAUUCUUGCGACCCAAUUCUCGGAUUUCGAUCUGGGAGCCAGACACCGCCUGUUCUUCCCGUUGCUUGGAAAUGGCAUCUUUACGCUCGACGGCGCGGGAUGGUCGCACUCGCGCGCAAUGCUUCGUCCGCAAUUCGCGAGAGAACAGGUCGCGGAUGUCGGCAUGUUGGGCGAGCAUGUCGACCAGCUAUUCCAUGCCAUCCCCUCCGACGGCACCGCCUUUGAUAUCCAGGACUACUUCUUCCGCCUCACCCUCGACACCGCCACGGAAUUCCUCUUCGGCGAAUCCACCCACUGCCUCUCACCCCAAAAGGCCUCCGCAACCGGGCCCUUGGCUAUUGCUGGCGGCGAGAAAGGCUUCGCGUACGCCUUUAACGCCUCGCAGGACGGCCUGAUCCACCGAGCACGCGCCCAAAACUUCUACUGGCUCGUCAACCCGCGCCGAUUCCGUGAAGCCGUCAAGCUUGUCCACGACGUGGUGGACUACUACGUCGACCAAGCACUGGCCAAACAAAACCAUUCCGAAGAAGAGAAAUUCAUCGGCAACACAGAGUCGCGAUACGUCUUCCUCGAGGCUGUCGCUCGCGAGACCCAAGACCGGAUUGCCCUCCGCGAUCAGAUGCUGAACAUCCUCCUCGCGGGCCGCGACACAACGGCGAGUCUACUCAGCUCGUCAUUCUACUAUCUCUCCCGCCACCCACAGGUCUGGGCCCGACUCCGCACGGAAAUCCUCAACAUUUUCCCCGCCACCCAAACCGCCGAUCGCAUCACCAUCGAGCGGCUGCGCGAGGUCAAGUAUCUGCGGUAUUUCCUGAACGAAGUCCUCCGUCUCAUCCCGCCCGUCUCAUUCAACUCUCGCUGGGCCACAACCGACACCACGCUCCCCGUCGGCGGUGGCCCAGACGGCAAGUCUCCGAUUUUCGUGCCAAAGGGCCAAAAAGUUAAUUAUAGCGUUGCCCUGAUGCAUCGCAGGCGGGAUCUGUGGGGGGAAGAUGCAGAGGACUUCCGACCCGAGCGCUGGGAAGAGAAUAGUAAGCAUGGAUGGGAGUAUCUGCCGUUCAACGGUGGGCCACGAAUUUGUCUUGGCCAACAAUACGCCCUUGCCGAAGCCAGCUAUGUCCUGGUGCGCCUGCUGCAGAAAUUCGAGCGUGUGGAGAACGCGCAACCCGAAUUGACUCAGCCUGACCUCAGAAUCAGUUUGACUGUGGCACAUGCGAGCGUGAAAGUGCGGCUGUAUGCUGCUGCCUGA